AAACUGCAAUAAUAAUCGUGCCUUUAUAGCAUUUAAGCAUAGAGCUUUUAUAUUAAAACUUUUUUUUGUUUGUUUACAGUUAAACAAUCACAUACGAUACAUAAAUGGGAUUGUGUGACUGUUUUACAUUUUUAACGGAGUUUAUGUCCAUAUGAUGGUGGACUACAACUCCCAUAAGACACGUUUGCUUUCUCCGUAUCCAGGAACUAAGCGUGCCGUUGCUAUGCAAACUUCAACUGCGGUGUAUUUUGUCAGAAAAGACAUGCUCACAUACAAAAAGGUUGUCUUAGGUGAUCAAGGACAUAAUAAAAGUGACACAUUAUGAGUGAAACCUCCAUUAAGAAAAGGCGAGGCACAGCUCGCUCUAUUGUGACUGAAUUUAAAGGAUCUGUUGUGAUAAACCCCACUCCUGUUGAACCUGAGGACUCUGACCACAUAACAUCAGCAAAGUUGAAAAUUCUGUCAGGAUCAGACAACCUAGAGGAAGUGACCUCACUGGAGAUGUGUGUUGACGCCCGACAAAACAGUCUGAAUGACAUCGGUGUACACCUGCCGAAGCUUAAAGAACUGAAAAUGAGCAACAGUUUGAUCUUAUCUGUACGGGACCUCGGAACCAGCCUUUCCCACCUGCAGGUCUUAUGGUUGCCUCGCUGCGGUCUUACCGACUUGGAAGGAAUCCCCUGUCUUUCUUCCUUGAAGGAACUUUAUUUAGCAUACAACAACGUAUCAGAACUGAUCCAACUCAAUAUCCUGGAACAUCUUGAGCUGCUGGACUUGGAGGGAAAUAAUGUCAGCGAUCUGUUUCAAGUGUGGCAUUUGGGCUUUUGCGAAAAGCUUAGAACACUUUCGCUGGAAGGAAACCCUGUAUGUUCCUGCCCCGGUCCAGGAGCUGUAGAGUUUUCGGGCAGCACUAGGAAUUACAAAACUGGGGCAAGCCUGCAGCGGUUGGGAUGUGGACAUACUCAGGCAGACUAUAGCUACAGGUCUGCAGUAUACAAACUGAUUCCACAGCUGCGAUUUCUCGAUGACGUUCCAGUCGAGGAGGACAAACCUGAAUGCUGUAGAAGCACACCAACAGACUGGACACUUCUCAAAGAAUCAAUCAAAGACAGUUCCAACAAUGACAGACUGGAAAACACAGAUACAGAGGAGCGGCCUGUCGGUGUUUGUGGUGUCAGACCUGGUUCUGCCCAGGACCUUAGCCCAAGAAUGUCCUCCAGCAGUCUCUCUAGCCGUCCAGGCAGUGCCAGACCUCUCACUUCUAGCGCCGGGUCAAGACCGGGGUUGGAUAACUCCGAUCUAGCCACCCUGGAGCAUGAGAUCAGCAAGCUAACAAAUGGUUUUGGCAGUGUUCUCUGCGGAAAUCCACUACAGGCUGCGCGUGCAAGGAGACAGAAAAAGACGGUUCAAAACUCUCAUUCUCAAACCCGACCCAGCACGCGGCUCAGUAGUUACAUUCCUGAACACUCGUAUGACAAUGAACAGCCAAGCAGUCAGGACCGCACUGAUGUUUAUGCAGAGCUCAGAAGCUGGAGGAUCGAACAUAACAAACGUCUUUCAUUUAUCGAGAAGGACCGGCAGUCCCAGGUUAUGAAAAUCCUGCACUGUGAUGAUGGAUAUGAAGAUGAUGAAGGCGGUCACAGUCAUAGUUUUAUGAGUGAUGACAUCACUAGGAAUGAAGAGGAUGAAAGGACUGUCUGCAGGAAUACAACAUCUGUUCCUUCUCUCUCACCAGGUGAUCUUUCACCAGAUGCGUUUCAACACGGCACAGAAUCUCAGGAGGCAUUCAGACUCUCAUCAUCAGACUUCAUGUCCCCUUCACCCCCACUGGACGCAGUGGCUCCCCAUGCUGGCCGGAGGACAACAACGAGUCGCGCCAGGAGACUCAAACCUCAUAAUGGUGAAGUCCGCAUUUCGAGGCCACCAGAGGACAACCUGAUGUCAAAUCUCGAAACCUUUAAAACAAACUCAUCCUUGGAUCCUCAGAGUACCACUGCGAAAGCAUUGUCGCCUCAAGCUCUUAAAAAAACAUGUAGACCAUCCACUAGUCUUGGGGUCUCACCUCUACGAGCACAAUGGUCAGAAUCUACUGGGAUUCAACAACAACUAGACAACUGGCAUAAACCAAUCAUACGUUCUAACUCAUCGGUUCAACUUACCCCCACACGUCCACGAACAGCCAGAGCUGCACUGCAGAGGUUACCGAACCGGACCCUCCUGCCUGACAGAGGAAAUGGAUUCCUGGAAUAAUGGAUUGUAAAACACACACCGUUAUGCAUGCAGCCCUACAGCAGCUCAGAAAUUUUGUUGGGUGUUAAAGGAAAGUCUUUGUUAAAAAGUAACCAUGUUCUCUUAAAACGUCUGUCCAUUUGGAAUGUAUUGUAAGCAAAGCUGGAAUUAAAUUAGUUCAUUUUGCAAAAAAGUACAUUGUUAACAAGCGACGCAUUUAUUGUAGUUUUAUACAACCAUUUUACUUUUUAAUAUUCUAGGUGAAGAAAAAGUAAUGGUGUGAUGUCCAAUAUACACCAUAUAACACCGGAUGGCCUUAAAUAGUUUGGAUGAAGUCACUUACAUUGAUCGAUCACUAGGAGGCGCCAUGCCCAUUUUUCAAGUUUUGCUCAGAGGCUGUUUUUGCAGACAUUUUCACAAACACAAAACACCAAUACAAAGAAACAGGUUAUUGCACAGUAUGCAAGUCUAGUUAAAUAAAAAUAAAAUACCCCACCCCCUAAAAAAAUAUGUGUUAUAUGAACAUUUUUUAACCCUCAUGUUGUUCGAAACCUGUUUAUGACUUUUUUUCUGUGGAACACAAAACACACUCUGUGGCUUUGUGUUCAUAAAUUUUCGGCUUUGUAUUUAUAAUAAAUGUUAUUUGGUUACCAACAUUCUUCAGAAUAUCUUCAUUUGUGCUCUGCAGAAGAAAGCCAUACAUGUUUGGAAUGACAUGAGUAAAUAAUGGAAGAAUUUUGUUUUUAGUUUUAU